GAAGAAAAUGUUUUUGUUUUAUUUUCGUUGGCGUUGUUUAGUGUAACAAAGUGCAAAGUGGCAAAGACGUGAGGGAAGAAUCAGUGAAAAGUUAUGCUCUAGAGCCGCUCGCCGUGUCCUGUAACAGCUGAAUGAAAAUGAAUUUCUUCAUCCCGAACGAAGUGAAACGUGAAGGUAUUUACCUUCAACAUCAGCUUGGCCCGCCCCUCAUCCACCAGCAGCAUCAUCAGCUGCCACAGCAGGGCCAGCAUCAGCUGCUGAACUUCACGCAUCCCGGAAUGAUCGUGAACCUAAAAAAGGAGCAGUUUGACCCGUACGAGAAGCUUCCGGAUGGACAGGUGCACAACCAGCAGCACGUACUUCAACUGCAACAGCAAGCGCAGAUGGUAGGGCUGCAGCAACACUUGUCUGCACAGAUGCAAUCACAGCUUGUUGCUGCGCAACAACAACAGCAACACCAACAACAGCAGCAGCAACAGCAGCAACAACAGCAACAGCAACAACAGCAACAGCAGCAACAGCAGCAACAGCAGCAGCAGCAACAACAACAACAACAACAACAACAACAGCAACAGCAGCAGCAGCAGCAACAACAACAGCAACAGCAACAGCAACAGCAACAACAAACACCUCAGGCACAAACUUCAACGGCCACCGAUGCCCCGGCGACAACGACAACAACGACUACCACAACCACCCCAAGCACCGGCACGGGUAAAAAGAAAAAGAAAGGCAAAGCCAACAAGAACAUCGUUAUCCCGCAGCUUCCGGAAGGGUUCCUCGUAAAGGUGAAGGAAGAGUACACGGAAAACUACGUGCGCACCGUGACGAAAAUCCCCGAAGUAUGGUGGAACCAGGAACAGUUCAUUCGCACGGUCAAGUCGCCCGGCAAGAAGGAACGGAAGUACCACGACUACAAUGCGGUCAGCGAGUACCAGUGUGACGUUUGCGGGAAAUAUUUCAAGGAUAAGUACAAGCUGAACUACCACGUGCGUAUUCACGUGCCGGAACUGUCGCACCGGUGCGAUGUCUGUGGCAAGGUGUUUGCGCACCAGUCGACACUGCAUAAUCACAAGCGUAUUCACACUGGCGAGCGUGCGUUUAAAUGUCUUACCUGUGGUAAGGCGUUCGUACAGUCGUCGGCUUUGUCGAAUCACACUAAGAUCCACACCGGUGAGCGGCCUCACGAGUGCCUGAUCUGUGGCAUUAGCUUCAUCCAGAAGAUCAACCUUAUCUACCACAUCCGCAUUCACAACGGCGAGCGUCCGUAUCGGUGCAACAUCUGUCAGAAGUCCUUCAUCCAGCAGAGCCAUAUAAAGAACCAUAUGAAGGUGCACAAGAAGGACAACCCGCUCGAUUGCAGCAUGUGCGGUAAGAACUACAGCGAUCUCAACGAGCUGACCGAUCACUACUCGUCGCACCAUACGGCAGAGCUGACGUUCCGAUGCCAAGCAUGCGGCAAGUCGUUCGCUCAAGCGAACCAUCUGAAGAUCCACAAGAAGAACUUUUGCAACAGCAAGUCGUCGAACUAAAUUUUUGCCCGGUUUAACCUCGCAUCCCUCUGCUGUCCCUUCUUUUUCCUUCUUCCGUGAUGGCAAAAGUCGUCGGUAUCCCAUCCUCACCCUGUUUUGCAUUUUUGUGUGGUGUUCGACACUUUACAGCGAGCAGCGUCUGCUCGGCAAGGUUAAAGCCCGUCUCGCCAUCGUAUCCGAUGAGGGAAGCAACCAUGUUCGAAUAGUAAAACGAAACCCAGAGCAAUUACGACGUGGAAUGUUAUUUCAUCUGCAGUCUAACCUUAAAACCGUGUCGUUUAUGUUUUAGUUAUUAGCACAAAGUUCAAAUAUAUCGUUACAACACAGCCAGGAACGAUAAAA